GGGAGGUUUAGAGGACUUGCUCUCUCCUCGGGUCGUGAUGAGGAGGUCUCAUUCGGGUGGAGGAAGCUCAACAUAUCGUGUCUCUGUGUCUCCUGGCAGGCUCUGGACUAAGCUGAGCGGCAGCGUCUGUUGCAUGUGACUGGGGAAACCCUGGAGGACGAAGGUGAGAAAAAGUUACAAGAAGAUGAUCCAAUUCUUCUGGAAACUCAGAAGUUUCUAGAUUAGGAUUUAAAUCAACAUUUGAACAAAGAGAGAAAGUAAGAUGGGCUUCGCCGACCUUCUGGAGGAGGUGGGCGGUUUCGGACGCUUCCAGUGGCUGCACGUCACCCUGAUCAGCAUCCCGGGUCUCCUCAUCGCCUCCCAGAACCUCCUCAAUAACUUCACUGCUGGUAUACCAGCGCACCACUGCCGCCUGCUGGCCAACCACACGGCCCUCAGCACCACCUCGUCUUCUCACAACCUGUCUGCUGCCGAGGUGCACGAGUGGCGGUAUCUACAUGCCUUCAUUCCUCUGGAUCCUUCUGGAACCAAACUGGACAAAUGUAGGAGGUAUGUGGAACCACAGUGGCACCUAGUGGACAAUACGACGGGCCCCGGGCUCCCUGUGGCCCCGCCCACUCCAAACAGCACCGGGCCGCAGACUGAGGAGUGUGUGGACGGCUGGACGUACGAACGCACCGAAUUCCUCGCGACCAUCGUCUCUGAGUGGGAUCUGGUGUGUACUCUUCGUCCUCUGAAGCAGAUGAGUCAAACAGUUUAUAUGGGCGGAGUUCUGACUGGAGCCAUUAUCUUUGGGGGACUGUCUGACAGGUUUGGCAGGAAGUCAAUCCUUAUUUGGUCAUAUUUCCAGCUGGCCUUACUCGGCAGCUGCACGGCGUUGUCUCCGUCUUACACCGCUUACUGCGUCUUCCGCUUCCUAACUGGGAUGGCAGUGUCAGGGGUCAUUCUGAAUGCUGUGUCAUUAAAGGUCGAGUGGAUACCGACCAGUUCACGGACUCUGGUGGGAACGCUCACUUCCUUCUUCUUCACCUUUGGUCAGAUGGUCCUGGCAGGGAUCGCUCACAGCCUGAGGGACUGGAGGAAGCUGCAGGUGGCUGUGUGCGCCCCUUACUUCCUGUUCUUUGCAUACAGCUGGUGGUUCUCCGAGUCGGCCCGCUGGCUGGUUCUAAAUCGACGUUCAGAGGAUGCGCUGAAGAGCAUUCACCACGUGGCUCAAAUCAAUGGCAAACCAGAGAUGGUGGAGAAGAUAACACUGGAGGUCCUCCACUCCCACAUGAAAAAAGAAAUAGAGUCAAGUAAGUCUUCAUUCACGGCAUAUGACCUUCUGAGGACACGUGGGAUGAGACGCAUCUCUGUCUGUCUGGUGGCUGUCUGGUUUUCCACCAGCUUUGCAUACUACGGGUUGGCCAUGGACCUGCAGAAAUUUGGGGUGAAUAUUUACCUCAUGCAAAUCAUCUUCGGUGCUGUUGAUUUUCCCGCAAAACUGUUUGCACUGGGCAUGCUCAGUUACCUCGGGCGCCGCGUCACCCAGGCAACCUGCCUCUUCAUCUCAGCUCUUGUCAUCUUCGCCAACAUCUUUGUUCCUACAGACAUGCAGACCGUCCGGACCACUCUGGCUUGUCUCGGUAAAGGUUUCACCUCUGCCUCGUUCACAUGUGUCUACCUGUUUACCGGAGAGCUCUACCCCACCGUCAUAAGACAAACCGGCAUGGGGUUCGUAUCGACUAUGGCUCGUGUUGGCAGCAUGGCUGCACCUGCGGUCCUGAUACUGGAUGAGGUGUUCCCGGCGAUGCCCAGCGUGGUUUAUGGGGGAGCAGCGGUCGUGGCCGGGGGGUUUGCCUGCUUUCUUCCGGAGACAAUGAGUGUUCCGCUGCCAGACACCAUUGAGGACGUAGAGGAGAUGUGGUCAGGAGAAAGCCACGCCCAGAAGCAGCAGCAGUUGCAGAAAGAAAGUGUGGCCUUAAAAGAGGGUGUGGGUUGUCAGGAGGACGUGGUCUCCAAGGAUGACCCGGCUUUUAAAGAGAUAAAGGAAGGAGAAGGGACCGGGCUCAACGCCCUCUGACCAAUGACAACCGUCCCCCCACCAACACCGAGAUGGGUCUAACUGCAGUGUGGCAGUACUACAUGACACCCCCCUGAUGUUGUUACCCCUAUGGCCUUGUGUUACACGACAAUACCCCCCACCCUUAACCCUGACCUUAACCAUCUCCCUCCUCAUGCCUAAACCUAACCGAUUAGGAGUGUCAUGUAGUAAAGUGGGUGUGUCAUGUAGUAAAGUGGGUGUGUCAUGUCUGUAUUGCGACACUGAAGCUGGGCCUCCUUGCCAAAAUUAGCCAAUGGAAAGAGGAAGUCUGCUAAAACCUGCCAGUCAGCAAUGAUUCACACUGUUCCUGGCUUAAUCCAACAUGGUGGAAAGCCAGACAGUCAGAAUGGAGGGAAAUAGAUUCCAGUUCCUCUCUCACUCCAAGUCAGACGGAGAGGAAGAUUCUGCCUUCAUGUAACACAGCCUGCAAACCCAGUGCAUAAUAACAGACCAGUAUUACAGCUGAAAUAACUGAAAGGUUUAACUGCAGAUCUUUUACAAAUUUCGGAGACAAACUAACUCCUGCACAGCUGAAAGUUACAUAUAUUCUGUUGUCAAGAGUGUUUGCAGAAUUUGAGAUGUUAGUCAUAGAGUUUGAUCAGAAAGUAUAAUAAAAAAAUCUGAAU